AGCGCGGCUUCCUGGUGCCCGGGUGAGUGCCGGGUGCGGCGGCUCCCGGAGGCCCAGGAACUGGGAGUGUGCCCCGGGGAGGUGGGGCCCGGCCUUGGGACCCGCCCGCCGCGAGCGGCGGCUCGCGGGCUGCCCCUGCGGGCCCGGCCCUGAGCGCCCACGCCGGGCGCGUGGUGCUCGCCGCUGCAGACGCGAGCCCGAGGUCACCCGAGAAGGCGGCCGGCACCCCGUCGUCUCUGAGGAGCCCUUCCUGGGGUCGCUCCUGCGCAGAGCGCGCUCUCCUGGGCCCGCCGCGGUUCAUUGCUCAGAUCCAUUUUAUGUAAAGUACACAGAAUGAAAAGAAAGGUGGUGAAUGCUGGCAAGCUGAGAUUGAGUCCUAAUGAGGAAGCCUUUGUUUUGAGAGAAGAUUAUGAAAGAAGACGAAAACUAAGAUUGCUGCAGGUUCGUGAACAAGAAAGGGAUAUCGCCUUACAGAUAAGAGAAGACAUAAAGCAAAGGAGAAAUCAGCAGUUUGCUCGUUUGGCCGAGGAGCUAAGGGCAGAAUGGAAAGAAUCACAAACUCAGAAAAUACAGAACUUGGAAAAACUUUAUUUGGCAAGUUUAAAAAGUAUGGGAGAGGGACAUCGGCAGGCCAAAGAAAAUGAACCUGAUUUGGAUGCUCUGGCACAGCAGACAGCAGAAAGGAAAAGAAAAGCAGAAAUGAGGCAUAAAGAAGCCUUGAAAAUACAGAAAAAUCAAAAAGAAAUAUUAAUGAAACAAAGAAACUGGCAUAUAAAAGCUCGGAAGGAAGCAUUGCUUGUAGAAAAAGAAAGAUCUGCCAAAAUUACGAGUUUGCCUCCUCCUCCUCUAGCUCCUUUUGAGAACAUUGAAGUAAAAAGAAUUUCUUCAGUGAAAACCAACAGUUCUACCUACCAUCAUAUUUCGACUUUUGUGAACAGACAAAUGGAAACAAAGCAGCCAGAUGCUCAUUUGGCUGCCGAAGAAGAAGCUAAACGAUUGGAAGAACUGCAAAAACAGGCCGCACAAGAGAGAAAGGAACAGCUUGAAAAGGCACAUGUACGGGGCUCCCAAGCCAUGAAAAAGAUCCAUUUGGCCCAAAAUCAAGAGAAACUAAUGAAAGAACUGAAGCAGCUACAACAAGAAGACCUGGCACACAGGAAGCAGACAGUAGCACAGAUGCCACCGCAGCUAGUCGAGCUUCCGUACAAACGCAGUGAGAUGAAGGAAGACUGGCAGAGAGAGCUGGAGUUUGCAUUUGAAGAUAUGUACAAUGCAGACGGGACAGUGAAAGGAAACCUCAUCUUGCAUCUUGAACCAGAACCUUUGCCUGCUGUAACUGAUCAGCUCCAAGAUGAAGAAUUGGACCUUUCAGUCGAUCAAGAAAAUACAGAUGAAGCUGAGAACCUUCCAUUGACAGAAGCUGAAAUAUGUUCUAGUGAAACAGACGAUCCCUUGGCAAUAAAGACCCAAGAGAUCCCUUCAAAAGUUCUUUUCAAAAGGUUAUUAAAUAAGAUUCGAAAUCAAAAAUCUCUCUGGACAAUUAAGUCCGUGUCUGAAGAUGAAAGUGAAAUGGUUACAACCGUGAGUGAAACUGAGAGUAAAGCACCAACAAUUGAAUCUGGAACAAUUGCCAGUGAGGAAAGAAUGCCAUCCACAGAGGAGGAACAAGUUAUGGAAAGUGACAUACUGACAAUUGAGUCUGGACCACUUACUAGUGAAGAUAAGCCCCUGUCAGGCCACAUAGACUCUGGAAAGGAACAAGAAAUAAAUGAGACUCCAUCUGACACAACUGUAGCUCAGAGUUCAGUUCUACUUCACCCUCAAGAGGAAGCAGUCAGAGUUAGAAUGUCAGCAAGGCAAAAACAGAUAAUGGAAAUAGAAGAGCAGAAGCAAAAGCAGUUGGAAUUACUGGAACAAAUUGAACAACAGAAAUUAAGAUUAGAAACUGAUUGCUUCAGAGCUCAGCUGGAAGAAGAAAAAAGAAAAAAAACUCAACCAACUGGGAUGGACACUGCUGCAUUACUUUCUGAUGAAGAUAGUCAUAGGCAGGUGAUUCGUAACUACCAACAGCGGCUUCUACAACAAAACAGGUUACACGAGCAAUCUGUUGCAACAGCCAGGAGACGAUUACUUGAAUAUCAGAUGAUGUUAAAAGGAAGGUACCCAUCAACAUCAGCGACGUCAUUGAUAUCUGAUUCCAUUAUAACACUACCACCACAGAAAUCUGAAAAAUCCACUGUUGUGUCACAACAUUGGGAUCAAAGUCAGAGAUUUAAGUCAGAUCUUAACAAAUAUCAACCCAUGCAGAUCUCAAAAUUAAAGCAAGACUGUAUUCAUGUUCCAGGACAAAGACAGUUUCCACAGAUAGAAACAUCUAGCACUUCAGAUUUUUUAGACAAGCAGUCUUUGGAAUCACAGAAACACUUAAGGCAAUUCUCUCAGAUUGAAACACAAAAGAGAGACUACAAAUUAAUCCCUAAAGGUUUACAUGUACUUUCAAGUGCUUUAUCACAUGGUAGACAGCUACCAUUACAGGAAACUACAAAAAUAUCUGGAACACUGAGGCCAACAAUUUCUCAAGCUAUGGAUUCCUCCCAAGUCAUGGCAGAGGACAGUGAAAGUAUAUCUCUGAAACUAACCGAACCUUUAUUCCUGCCACUGGUACCUGAGCAUUCUUUUUCUAUUCUCCCUAGUAAAGUUGAGACUGAAAAAAUUCAAGAACCCUUUUCAACCAUGCAUAAAAGUACAGUUUCUGUAAGCCAUUCUACAGGCAGCCAGAUGCAUGAUCUACCUUUUCCAUCCUCCGACACUAUCACAGCCCAGAAAGAUAAUCUGAAGCUUCUUCAAGAACAGUUAGAACUACAGAAGGAAGUCCUUCAGGCAAGACAGGAAGCUCAGGAACAAUUUCUUUUGCUCAAGCAGAAGGAAUUAGAAGAGAAGACUGGUCUCUCAGUAUUCUUCCCAGUGGCUGCACCAGAUUCAUUUGUUUCACUGCCUUCUGCAAAAGCUGAGUCUGGGAGAGUCCAGGAACCUUGUCCAACCAAGAAUACUCCCUCAGUUUUCUCAGGACAUCCUGUGGUCCCACACCUUCAGGAUAGUCUUUUAAGUUUUUCACAGCCUAUCAUAUCACAACAGAAUAAUUUAAAAUUUCUCCAAGAACAGUUAAGUAUUCGAAGAGAUCAUCUUCAGGCUAGGCGAGAAGCUCAGGAAGUCUUACUUGUACAUAAACAGGGUGAAGUGGAUGGACGAAUACGUUCUGAACAGGCUGAGCCUUCUUUGCCAUAUCAGGUAGCUCAUCAUACAUUUACUUCACUAGCUUUUCCUAACAGAAAAUCUGAACAAAUCCAGGAACAGCAUUUAUCCAACAGUGAAAAAGAGCUUCUUUCAAGUGACCCUGAAAUCCCAGAUUCUCAGGAUGGAACAUCAGAUUUCCUACAGCAAUUUCUACCUCGUGGUAAGGUGAAGCCGCUCCAAGAACUAGUGACUCCACUGAGGGAUACUGUGCCUGGUAGAUGUGAGUCACAAGUGGAAUUACUGUCACAUGGUCAAAAGAAUUUGGAGGACAAUUUGCCUGGCCAGAUGAGUUCUUCAUCCCUCCAAAUGGUUAUUCCACAUUUAGAUGCCUUACAAAAUUCUGCUAAUGUUGAACCCAAAAGAUUUCAGAAACUUUUUUCAUCUGAGGAGAGUAUAAUUCUGCCAUUCCAAGAUAAGUCUCUUAAUGUCUCACAGCUUAACCUCCCUCAACAAGAAAGUAUGACAGCACUCCAAGAGCAGUCACACAUACACAGAGUAAUACUUGGUGCUAGACAAGAAAAUCAGGAGUUAGUAUGUAAACAAAGUGAAUUGGAACAACUGAUUUCUUCUGAACCCCAACUAAGACAACUGUCGUUUACUUCAUUACUUUCUGUUGGCUCUAGUACAACCCAGGAACCUCUUUCAACAGAGAGUGAUAGUAAAAUUCUUUCAAGUCAUCAUCAGAUCCCAGAAUUGCAGGAUAGGCUUUUGAAGAUGUCACAGCUUAUCCAGCCCCAACAAGAUAAGUUGAAGGCACUUCAAGAAAAGCUAGCUAUGCAGAGGGAAGCCAUCAUUCAGUCUAGACAGGAAGCUCAGGAAAAAAUACGUUUACUUAAGCAGGAUGGGUGGAGGGGAAAAAAAUCUGAGCAGGUUACUUUCUCACCCUUAGCACAACGUUCGUUUGCUUCAUUACCUCCUACUGAAUCUGAACGAACCCAAGAACUUUGGUCAGCUGAUAGUGAUAACACAAUCUCAGAUCAUUCUGAAAUACAGAGAUUCCCUGAUAGGCUGUUGAAUUUAUCACAUCCUAGACUUCAGCAGAAUAAUUUGAUUACACUUCAAGAACAUAUACAUACACAGACAAAUUCCUUUCCCUCUAUUGAGAAAACCCAGGAAGAAUUAAUGUUGUCCAGACAAUGCAAAUUUGAAGAAAAGGUGCGUCCUGAGCAUGUUAUCCAGCCUCACCAUGGUGAUUUGAAGGCACUUCAGCAGCAGUUAGAUAUACAGAAGAAAGCCAUUCGAUCUGAACAGGAAGUUCAAGAGGAACUGCUUUUGCAAAGAUUAAAUCAGUUGGAACAAAGGGUGUCAUCUGAGCAGAUUAGUUCCUCUUCACUUUCAUCCCAAAUUGCACUGCCUGCUGCCCAUUCUGAAACAAUUGGAAGGUCGUUCCUAACCAAAAAUGAUGCUGAGACAACACAGUUGGAAUUAGACAGGGAAAUGAUACAGUCUAUAGAUAAAUGUCAGGAAGAACUGCUAAAUAGGCCGAGUAAGUUAGGCCAAAGUGAAUCUGCUGAACAUGCCAUCCCCUCUUUGUUUCUAUCCAAGGAAGCAGAGCAUUCAUUCAUUCCACUACCUUUUGCAGAAGCUAAAUCUCCAAGCAUUUGUACAUUUUAUAAAUCUGAAAGGGAGCGUGCUACUACCUCAAGUGAUUCUACCAUCCCAAGGUUUGAAGAUAGACUUUUGAGCUACUCACAGCCUAUUUUAGCUCAGCAAGAUAAUGCAAGUCCUUGCAAAGAGAUGGACCUACAAAGGGAAGUUCUACAUAACCAAAAAGCACAGGAAAAGUUGCUAAUACAGAGGAGAACAGCAUUGCAGCAGCAUAUCCAAAGACAUCAAGAGACAUUGAAGGAUUUCAUUAAAGACAGCCAGGCAAGCAAACUUACAGGUCAGAAUGAUUUUUUUAAAGUGCAGAAGGUGGAAGAGUUCAGAGAGCGGCCUCCUCACAUGGAAGACCUAGCAAGCGGCGAUCUGGAAAGUACUGCUCAUGUGGAUAGGAGCAACUCUGGUGAUAGCCAGCUGCUUUUAGAAGAUGUCAGUUCCAAGAAAACCGGUGAGCCUCUGCACAAAGAACCAGGUGAAAGAGCCUCCAAGCCACCUGUGGCAAAAGUUAAACAGGGAUUGGAUUUAAAUCAACAUGAACUUAGUGCCAUACAAGAAGAAGAAUCACCAGCAAGUGGCAGAACUUCCAUACCAGGUAAACCAGAGUUAUGUCUAGACAGAGAUCCCUUGAGAGUGUCAGUAAGCCGAGAGCAGAGUUUCCUGGAGAGCCCGCAGCCCAGUGAGCCAUGUGGUAGUCUUGAGCCUCCUAUUCAGGAGCAAGUCUGUGGCGAUGGCUACGAUGUUGGAGCAGUCAAGGUCAAGGAAUGUGAUGUUGAGAAUCACGCUGUGCUAAGUUAUGCUGCGUCUGCAGGGGAAGCAGAGCACAUGUGUCCGCGUCGGGCUGUGAGGCCAGAUGAUAAGGCUGAAACACAAGAUAUUUCUCAUGAGCCAUUAUCUCCAAUAACUGUUUCUACGGGCAGUUUUUUAAGUUAUGAAAAUACAGAUUUGAGCCUUACAGAUCCAGAGCCAUUUUCAGAGUACACAAGCCAUCCAGAACAAGAAUCCAUCACCAGUAGAGAAGAGGAAACAGAUACUUUAGGUUCCACGGUGCCUUCAACACAAGUUAUUUAUCAGCACCAGAGCUCUUCAGAUGUUCAUAAAUCUCCAUUGCCUGCAGUAGAAGAAUUUAUACCUGGCCACACACAUGGUCAGCAGGUCAUGGACAAGCACACAAAUAAAGCAACUUGGAUACCUGAGAAAACAGACUUUCAGGUUGACUUUGACUUUCCAGAACUAGAACAUAUUUUUCCAAAUUUGCAUCGUCAGCUCUUCAAACCCUUAGAACCACAUCCAGAUUGUGAUUUAUCAUCAUCAUCCUCUGGGAUUUCUCAAGACAACAGAGACUUUUACCAGAGCCCAGAUUCUUCAUCUGAAGCAUCGUGUGCUGGUGUGUCAUCCAAAAAUAUAGCUUCUUGUACAGCACUGAGGAGGACCAGCCUGCAUGCUUUUACUGCAAGCCCGAACCAGCAGCCAGACCCUAACCUGGCUUAUGCUCCGAGUUUUGCUAUAGAAACUGUUGAAGGAUCUGAACAGUGUUUUCAACAACUUCUGCCAGAACUUUCAUCACAGGAGGGGAGUCAGCAUGCUGAUCUACCAAGUAUUUUUAGCAUUGAAGCAAGAGAUUGUUUUCAAGACAUGAGGAACAAUAACCAUCCAUCAGAACAACAGAGUGACCUACUACAAAAUAAGAAAAGUGUCCAUUUCCAGCUUUCUGUAGGAAACUUAAGUUCAGCCUGUGGUUCAUCUGAUGAGAUUAAUGCAUAUGAACAGUUACAUGUACAGCAUAGCUCUCCAUGUGGUUCUGCCUCUAGUGAGUGCUCGAUAAAAGGCCAACUACAGGAGGAAAGCAAAGAAGAAAGGCUGAGCUUUGAAAACCUAUCAGAAAGAGAAACUGUUACAAUCUUACAAAAUCAAGGACUCGCCGAAGAUGAUAAAAAUGAAACCAAUCAGGUUUUAGCUAUAAAUUCACAUGUAGAAAAAACUAACUCUGAAUUAUGUGUCCGAACAGUAGAGGUGGGAACUUCAGAUCAGAAUCCACAGUCAUUAAGUACCCAAAGUGAAAAAUACUUUGAAAAUUCAAUUCAGACUCCAGAAAUCAUAAAAAACCUAUCUCAGCCAACGCUGACUGAGCCCUUUCUUAGUUCCAGAUCGUGUUCAUUACAGAACUCUAUUCCAUUCUGGGAGACAGAAUCUGGCUAUGGUAUAAUGGAAGAACCUGAGCUUAGUUUGAUAAGCACCAGUGAUAUCAGUAUUGCUGAAACAGACUUUGCAAACUUAACCCUUGAAGAAAAGGCAGAGAAUGAAAGAAAAAGCAGUUUUCAGGUGAGUGAAUAUCUGCCUGUUUCAUCAGAAACAAAAACCUCAGUUUAUCCACUUGUAUCAAAACUUUCUAUGAAGAAAUCAACAGGAUCUACAGCCAUAGCAGAGAGCUUACAAGAAGCAUUUGUUAAGAAAAAAAAAUUAUUUAUCGAGAGAUCCUACCAGAGGCAGAAAGAAAUACGAAAAAGCCGAGCUCCUAAACAUUACCAAUUCGGGACAGUUCAGGAAAAGCCAUCUUCUACAGUUACCUCUACAAGCAGCCUCAAGGGUGUAAAUAAAGUUAGAGUGUGUCUUUCGGAAGAAAGGAGGAUGGCACAGUCCGUCAUGCAUAGAAGAGCAACAAGGUUGUAUCAUCAGUUAUCUGAAAUAAAAAAACAAAAGGAAGAAAAAGCAAAACAAGAAACCUAUGCUCACAACAGAGCAAGGGCAAAAGAAUUCCAUAAGAGAACACUAGAGAAACUUCGAGCCAAAAACAUGUGCUGACUUCCUACAUGUGUAUAAAAUUUUAAAAUAAAUGACACUGAACAAAAA